AUGAGCGAAUCACUACAAACUGAAAGAAAGAAUGCAACAUUUAACAUCAAAGAGCUCACUGAUACCUUAAAUGGUGGCCCAGAAGAAACGAGAAAGCGCAAACAAAUUGAAUCAUUGGUCUUUAAUACUCCAGCCUUUCAUCGACAGGAUCGAUUUCAGCUAUCGCGUGAAGAGAUCUAUGAUUAUUCCAUUAAGGUAUAUGGUGAAUUAAUCAAAUUAUGCAAAAAAGAGAACAUCGAAAUCCGCUAUGAUAAUCCAGACUACGUUCGAUUAGUCGGUUGCAUUCCAGAAGAAAUACCUGUUGGCCUUCAUGUAGGAAUGUUCUCGUCUUCGAUUUCGGAUCAAGGAACAGAGGAACAACAGAAAAAGUGGAUACCUUUAGCCCGAAAUUUUAAAAUAUUUGGAACUUAUGCACAAACUGAAUUAGCACAUGGUACCUUUGUUCGCGGCUUGGAAACUACCGCUACUUAUGACGAAUCGAAACAAGAGUUUAUCUUAAAUUCUCCUACUAUAACUUCAACCAAAUGGUGGCCUGGAUUUUUGGGUCGAACCAGCAAUCAUGCAGUAAUUGCUGCCCAAUUAUAUACUAAGAGCAAGUGUUAUGGAAUCCACAUGUUCAUAGUUCAAUUACGAGAUCUAAAGGAUCACAAACCAUUGCCUGGAGUUACUAUUGGUGAUAUCGGUGAUAAAUUUGGUUUUGAUACCGUUGACAACGGUUUUCUUCGGCUUGAUAAUGUUCACAUUCCACGUGAAAAUAUGCUAAUGAAAUAUGCAAAAGUUACACCCGAAGGCAAAUAUUUGCCACCCACUAAUGCAAAGGUUGCCUACAGUGCUAUGACACUAAUCCGUGUUGUUCUCGUUAGAGGCUCAGCAAAGGCACUUGCAUCUGCUAGUACUAUAGCUAUUCGUUACAGUGCUGUAAGACACCAAACUGAAACUGCUCCUGGAAAAGAGCCUCAGGUCCUCGAUUAUGUAACGCAACAAUAUAAGUUAUUUCCUCAGCUUGCUACAGCUCUCGCCUUUGGCUUUGCUGGAAACUACAUGAUUGACACAUUUAACAAAAUACAUUCAGAAAUAUCAAGUGGACAACUUGAUGCUUUAUCCGAACUGCAUGGUAUCAGCUCUGGUUUAAAAGCGUAUACCACUGAUACAGCAACGGCUGGUAUUGAGGUUUGUCGUCGUGCUUGCGGUGGUCAUGGAUACUCAAAUGCAUGUGGCAUUCAACAUAUCUACGCUAAUGUGCUACCUUGCGUAACACUGGAAGGCGAAAAUACAGUAAUGUACUUGCAAGCAGCCAGUAAAGUUAUCAGCACGAUUAAGAGACUAGAACAACUUCGUCGUAGUGGGAUGGACCAAGAUGAAGCGUGGAAUACAGCAGGAAUAGAACUUGUUCAAGCUGCUAAGGCGCAUUGUCACUAUUUUAUUGUAAAAAAUUAUUUACGAUCAUUGGAGAAAUUGAAUAUGACUCCAUCUCUACGUAAAGUGAUGAAUUCAAUCGCUCUAUUGUAUGGAAACUAUGGCAUAGAUGAAAAUGCCGGAGACUUUCUGGAAAGCGGAUUUAUGACUGGCGAACAACUCAAUCUUGUAAAAGCUAAAAUUUUGCAAUUGCUAUCGGAGGUCCGACGUAAUGCCGUGGCAGUAGUAGAUGCAUUCGAUUUCGACGAUAAGUAUUUACGCUCAAUUCUUGGCGCCUAUGAUGGAGAUGUAUACAACCGCUUAUACAAUUGGGCUAAAUCAUCACCGUUAAAUAAAACAGAGGUCCAUUCCAGUUAUACCGAGUAUCUGCAACAACUGUUGAAAAGCAAGCUCUAACAACGUAAAUGUCGAAAAAUCCUGAAAAGCUG